UAUGAAGAGAGGGUUGAGACUGGACUGUUAGUGAAACAGACAAGAGAGCACUCUGCACUCCGAGCUAAAGGAGUGGAAGCUUGCAAGAAGCAUCAUGGCUGUAAGGUUCUGUGGAGUUCUUGCCCUUCUGACUGUGUGUCUCAGUGGACUGGAUGCAUCAAGACCAGCUGUAAACCAGGAACUGUCCAAUAUUUUCAAUGAGCUGUGGAGGUUGGAUGUGAAUCGCCUGACGCCUGUGACAGACUACACCAUUGCUGUUCAGGGUAGAGCCAGUUAUGUAAACCAAGGCAGCCACGUUGUACAGGACCACGCUUCACUGCCUUUGUUCUCCAAUGUUAACGAGAGCAAACUCAGCAACACAACCACCUACUCCCGGUUCAUUAAACUCCUGGACAACUAUGAGCGGUCCACAGGCGUGGCUGAACGAGUCACAACAGAAGAACUCGCAGAGAUUAAUCUCUUCUUGGAUGCCGUCGUAGAGACAGAAGUGAUGAAGAGGGCUCACAAGUACCUGGUGAGCAAAGCGAAGUCCAACUCCAACCUGAGGCUCUUUAAGAGUCAGCUGCGUUUGAUCUGGUUCCACAUGUACCACAGGCAGAGAAACGCAGGCCUGGACUCCUGUGGAUUCGAGCAUGUGUUUGUUGGAGAGACAAGAUCUGGAACAGAUAUCAUCGGUUUUCACAACUGGAUCCAGUUCUACCUGCAAGAAAAGAGCACAAACUUGGACUACAAAGGGUACAAGGCCAGGAAUCAUGACUUACCCGAUCAAGACGACCACGUUCUGAACCUCCAGUUCAGCUGGCACGGUUUGGUGAAGCCAGUUGGCAGCGCCUUCAUCGGGACGAGCCCUGAGUUUGAGAUGGCACUCUUCACCAUCGUCUUCCUCAUGAACACAGAGAGGAGCACCACAGUGCUGGUCAACAUCGACCAGUGUCAACUGGAGCUGGUGGUCAUCAGACAAGGACGCUCCCUCGGGACGGCGUACCCAAAACUGCUCAGCAGCAACAGCAGACAUGUUCAGCGGCAGCACUCACACUGAUGUGGAGGAUCUACUGACACAAAGUGAUACUCGCAUUAUAAUGUUCCUGCCCAACAAGCUGAGGCACAAAUGUACGGCGGUGUAGUUAAGACGCCACAUUUCUAUAAUUUUUGUCAAGACCAAUGUAAACUUUUUUGUCGUAAAAAAGCUAUUUCAAUAAAGUAAUUGAUGGUUUUGAAAAUCAAA